CUCUUCUCCACCUGUGUGCAUCUGUCAACAACCUUCAAUUGCAGAUAACUAACAUCUGUAUCUCUCGAUUCUCGUGCCGAUCUUGUCGUUCGAAGAAGUUGAACCUGAACACUCGAGUUCUCUGUCUGUCCGCGAUUCAAUCCAACGCGAGGUCUGGUCACCGGCCCCCUCGAAAACCCAACCGAGUUUAUUUCACCUCUUGGUCCAAGAAAAAGAGAUACUUGCCCUCUCAAAAACGGAUUAACUUCCCCGGCGAACCUUGGAAUUCAGAUACACCGAACCGGAACCGCGUUGUUCAGGAAAUUUUUGCCCUCACGUUGAAAGAUCGUUUGCGGUGUGAAGAAAUAGCUAUUGUUGCGCGUGGAGUUGCUUGGCUUCUUGUCGCGACGACCAGAUUGUGACAUCGAACUACACCUCCUCUCUCGAUCUCGAGCGAUUGUCCAAAAUAUAAUUCCAGUUUCCCCGUCGGCGAACACAAUCCUACGUUACUUGUCCUGUGGAAGCUGGUUUUGAGCGUUGCUAUCUCGAUAUCCCGAUCUCUGCGUGUCAGAGAACGUACAUAGCCCUCCCCCCUUCCCUGUUACCCAAUUGAAGACCCUCGGUGCCGCCUGCCUGGUCUGAGCGAUUCCCUCUAUAUUCCGUCAACGUGGCUACGCUUACGAUCUCCCCGCCCGGAAUGGGGGCGGCUUUUGACGCACUUAGUAUGCAACAAUCCUUAGGGCAACGAAGACCGGCCUCUGCAACCUUCCCCAGCUUUGAACUCCCCAACCCCCAGGCCCAGCAGUCGUCCCAGCCGAAACAUCCACUGCAUUCGAGUGUAAACGCAGGGCAGCCUACCAUAGGCGGUGUAAAAGUCGGAAAUCUUUUAACCCCACCAGAGAACUCAACAUCGGAUACUCCUGGCCAAGUUCAGCCAUAUUCACAAGCUUACUGGCCAACGGCCUCAUACAGUCUUGCUCCUGGUCGCAAUACUUCACACUCAUCAGCGAUGCCGGACAGCCUAGCACCAUCUUACGGUCAAAACGCCGUGUAUCCUUCUCCGCUUUCUCCCUCGCCAGCACUCUCUGCUUCCUCAGCUCAGCAACAAGCUCACGACCAGCAGCAGCCACAAUCUCAAAGCCAGCAACCACCACAGCACCCUCCUCAAUCACACCAACCUCCAAUGGCCCAGAGCUACACGAACCCAACCAGCGGGCCUAUCCAACCGCAAUCUGCAUCCCAGGCAAAUCAUCUUGAUCCUUAUGGGCAAAAAUAUGCUUAUGGAGGUUCACAACAUUCCCCAACUCCAUCAAACUACAACCUUUUCCAGAGUGGGCCGUCUUCAGUACACCCCUCAAGCUCCAGUGCAUCAUCUGCAAGGGUGCCCGGAAUGCCAGUCCCUUAUCCUCUCGAUACUCAACAGCCGCUACCACAAUUUACACGUCCGUACCCGUCCUACUCGCUUCCGGCUAUGAACGGCCCCGUUAUGAGCAACAUCCAUAGCCCUAACAAUCAAAUGGCGCUAAUAGGCUCCAUGCAACCCAACCUUCUUCCUGGCUUCAGUAGCGGUCAUGCUGCUAGUUUACAUCAUGUGUACAGCGGGCAUCCCCAUCCGCACGCACAUCACUUUAAUAGUCUUGUUCCACCUCCACAAAAUGACCGACCAUUCAGAUGUGAUCUGUGCCCACAAAGCUUCAAUAGAAAUCAUGACUUGAAACGACAUAAGAGGAUACAUCUGGCUGUAAAGCCAUUCCCGUGCCAUCAUUGUGACAAGAGCUUCUCUAGAAAGGAUGCCCUCAAGAGACACAUUCUUGUGAAAGGCUGUGGCAAAGACCCUGCAUCUGACACAAGUACCUCUUCAAGCACAACCAGGUCAACUUCAGCAUCAGUUGUGGGUACGGCUGUGAAAAAGUGAAGAAAUGUGCAACGCUAUGCUUCUAUUGUUAGACCAUGUCAUCGCGAUAAUAACACGGUUAACGCUGAUAAAAUUCAAUCCACCCGAUAUCCGUUUAGCGAAGAAAUUUCUUUUGUCUUUUGAUUCCUCCACCAAUAUCAAUUUCAUAAUUUGAUUCCCCAACGUGGUUUAUAUGAUUGCUAUGAUCCGCAUUUCUGUUAAUUUUGUGCCCGCAGCAAUAAUUUCUUUUAAUUUUAUGUCCCUACUUCUUGCUGCUAUGCCUUUUUUUUCUGGGCGGAGAAGUUUACAGAUGCACCCAUUCGCAUAUGUCUUUUGACAAGGGAGUUGUUGCGUUGUGAAAGAUGUGCUUUUAUCAGUGGUCCGCAGUCAUUGUGGCGCAUUGGGUGUGUCCCCUUUUUGGGUAUCCUAUCUAGCUUCGUCCUUGUUGGCUCCUUGUUGAGCUUGUUUUCUGGGUGCUCUAAAACAGUUUUAUUCAUAUUUCUCUAUUACCUAAUUUUAAUUUUAUACUUCUUUUCUAAUCAUUUUUGGAUUUCUUGACUGCUGAUACUAUAUUUAUAUUAAUUUUCUAUUCUCUCCGAGAGGUAUUUACCGUGGAUAAACCCUUUUUUUUUAUCCCCGCCUUUUUAUUGGCUCGAGCGCGGAAUUUGUUUUGCUGGAGGUAGUGUUCUUAAUUUUGAAUUUCUUCUUGCCAAAUACCCUUUUGCUUUAUAUAUACCUCGCCGGAGUUCUUCGUUGACAUCUUGUGACCAUGUUGCAUUUUCAACAGCGCCGGCUUCUCCGGCAUACCAUUAUGGUUCCAAUAGUUGUGAUACCCCGGAUAU